AUGGCUGAUACAGGUCUUCCCGAUACAUGGGAAGUGCGUCAUUCCAACUCCAAGAACCUUCCUUACUACUUCAACCCCAACACAAAAGAAUCCCGCUGGGAACCUCCUGCCGAUACCGAUACCGAAAAGCUUAAAGUCUACAUGGCGCAGAAUCAUACCCCGACCGCCCGUCCCGAUGCCUCGGGCGAAGGCGAAGGCAAAAUCCGCUGCAGCCACCUGCUCGUCAAGCACCGCGAUAGCCGUCGCCCCAGCAGCUGGAGAGAAGCCGAUAUUACCCGCUCUAAGGAGGAGGCAAUUGAGAUCCUGAAGGGCCACGAAGCGCGCAUUCAGUCUGGAGAGAUUAGCCUUGGCGAACUUGCCGUUGCUGAGUCUGACUGCAGCAGUGCCCGCAAGAAGGGCGAUUUGGGCUUCUUCGGCCGUGGUGAGAUGCAAAAGGAGUUUGAAGAUGCCGCUUUCGCUCUCCAGCCUGGCCAGGUCAGCGAGGUCGUCGAGACCGCCUCCGGCGUCCAUCUCAUCGAACGCGUUCAAUAA